CGCAGCCUAUCGGCGGGGCGGCGGCGACGACGACCCCGCUUGGCCCCUUAAAGUGGCUCCGUCGUGAAAAUCUUACGUGUCGGCCGAUACCGCCUUUGUGCGCCUAUUUCGCAGGAUAAACCGGGUAAGAACGGCGCGGAUCAACGUGGGACACGAACCGACGGACGCGACGCACGUCGAAGAAGCCGCGGAUGAGUGUCGCAACCUCGUGGCCGGCCGAUCUCUCGCCAGGAUGCCUGAUGAACUAUCUUUCGAGCUGUAGCACUCGCAAAGAAAAUAGACAGCUUUGUGGUUUUUAAAGAAGUACGAGUGCUGCAGAAAUAAGCUGGAUUUGGGCAGAAUAUUUAUUCUAUUCAAUUUAUUCUAUAUCAUUUUAGAUCUUGUAAGUUGACUCUGACAAUGACAGAGCGCUCAAGGGAUAGAAUAAAUGUCAUUUGUGUCAGUGUAUUAAGCUCAAUGCCAGAAAAGAAUCUUGCCUUGAGACAGUGAAGGAAAUGCGAGAUUAUAGAUGUCAGAGACAGGGGAGGAACGUGCUGUUAGACUGUAUACGGCUGCGGAGAUAAUGAAAAACGCCAGAGCCAAGGAAACUGAGGAACAGGCGGCGUUGAGGAGGAUGCAGGAGGCUCAGCGAAUGGCCAGGCAUCGCGCUAAGAAAAAGCGUUGCCUGGAUGAGAAUCUCGCGAGGGAAAUUUCCAAGAUCGCCGAGCUGUCCAAGAUGCCUGUUCCCGAUUCAACUACGAUAGCCCAGAUGUCAGAGAUGAAUAUGAACAAGAUAUCUGCGGAAUUGAAGCAAAUGAUGGAGAGGGGAAAAGUACCUGAGCAUAUAGUUCAAAUGGCUCAACUAGCGGAAUUUAGCAAAAUGAAUUCCGAGUUGAACAAGAUGUCGCAGGACAUGAAGAGGUACGAAAUGGAAAAGAUGGCAGAAUACGCCAAAACUACGGAAUACAUCAAGAUGCAGGAGAUCGCUAAGAUGAACGAAAUGGUGAAACUUUCUGAGAUGGCCAAAUAUAAUAACGAUAUCACCAAGAUCAACGAGAUGGCAAAAAUGAACGAGAUGAUGAAGAUAUCGCAGAUGGCCAAGAUCAAUGAGGUACAGAGGAUGAACGAGAUAGCCAAGUUAAACGAGAUGGUGAAAAUGACUGAGAUGGCAAAGUACAAUAACGACAUCACGAAGCUGACCGAAUUCGCACAGAUCAACGAGAUGGCGAAGGAGAUCGCAAAAAUGAAUGAGAAGACGAAGAUGAACGAAAUGAUGAAGAUGGCAAAUAUGCAAAACGACAUUGUCAAAAUGGAAAGAUCAGAGUACCCGGUCAAGAUGACGAACGAGAUGGUAAAGCUGAACGAGCUGGCCAAGAUGAACGAGAUAACGAUCACGAAGCUGAACGACCCGCCGAAGAUACCGGAGAUUCCGCCGCUGCCACCGCCGCCGCGUAUCCCUGAACCUGUGAUCACCGUGCCAAAUCCGAGGAAUCUGCAGAACGUGCAGACCGUGCAAGUGGCACAGGCCAGCCCGUCCAGCAUGAUCAACUAUCAGCCCGUGCCCGGCCAGAACAAUUAUGGCAAGCUGUUGUUGAUCAUCGAGGAGCUUGGCAGGGACAUCCGUCUGUCGUACGCGGGCAGCCGCAGCGCAGCCGAAAGAUUGAAGAACGGUAUUCAGCAAGCCAGGGUCGCCGUGCGGGAUUGCCUGCACGAGACGCAGCACAACGCGCAACAAUGAUCUGCCGACGCGAGCUAGCUAGCGAUUAGACUAUUUAUAGCCUUUUAUCAUUUCACCAGAUGUUGCUUUGUACGAAUUGCUUCAAUUCGGACUGUGGUAUUAAUAGGACCUGGCAUAUAUAUAGCGGACGUACAUACAUGGAUCAAGCCCUUUCUGGAACAAACAAAAAAACCUUGACCGCUAUCUUUUACACUCUACGCGACAUUCGCGGUCUUCUUUACUCAGUCUUCUUACAAUUAGCUCGAUCUCUGCACGUACGUCGUUCGAACAGUGGCUGACAAUUUUCUAUUUUUAAGUUGCAAUUUAGUACAUAGAAAUGGGAGGAAAGGUACCAAUUUGUAUACACACACUGUACUACUUAGAGAAUAUUAGAGAAUCUUAGUUUAUAUUUUAUAAAUCAGAAAAAAAGUGGUUAUACCAUGGUUUUUGUUAAGACUCGCGUACGCUGCAAAUUUUUAGUAUACGUUUCGAGUGAGAGGGGGGGAAAAACAGAAGGAUGCAAGCUUUUCAAAUAUGUACCUAAUGGAAAGUAUAAUCCCAUAAAUAUAUGCCGUAAUAUAUCGUUAAAUAAAUAAAAAUUUU